AUGCAUUUGGACAACACUCUCGGAGCUCUCCUUGUGGGCGGACUCUGCGCAGCGGCUUUGUACGGUAUCACUUGCGCGCAGACCUUCAUAUUCCUACAAAACCACCCGGAAGAGCGGAGAUCGUUCAAGCUCUUCAUCGCUGGGCUGUGGGGCUUGGACACGUUCGACAUGUGCUUAACGUCGCACGUUUUGUACUGGUAUUUAGUGACCAACUACGCCAACUUUUCGGCGUUGGCGGUGCCCGUGUGGAGUAUCCUGCUACAUGUUUCCGUGACGUCUAUCAGUGAUUUCAUCGUCCGAUCGAUGUUUGCGAGGAGGGUGUGGAGGCUGAGUAAAGGCAACUAUAUCAUUACUGGCGUUAUCGUCGCUGUCUCGCUCAUUGAUUUGAUUUGUGGUAUCAUCAUCACCGUCAAGGCAUUCGGCGUCCAGUCUUUCCUCGGGCUAUCCAAGAUCGCAAACCUUCUGUACCUCAAUUUCGGCGCCGGUGUCACCUCAGACUUGGUGGUUGCCAUCACUCUGGCAUGGUAUCUCUGGAACUCAAGGACUGGGUUCGCAAAGAUGGACUCGCUAGUCAACGUGCUCAUGCUGUAUACUAUCAACACAGGGCUGCUCACAGCCCUCGAUGCUUGCUUCGGUUUAAUCUGCUACGCCGUAAUGCCGACCAACUUCGUCUUCAUCGCGGCCUACCUCCUGCUCUCCAAGCUGUACCUCAAUUCGUACCUCUACAGCUUGAACGCCCGAGAAUACAUCCGCGAACGCGGUAGCGGUAACGGCAUGGUCUCCAUCCACCUCUCGCACCUGCCCACGAGCCAGCAUACCUCCGGAACCGGUGUCAGCCACGUCGCGGCCUCACGCACGAGCCGGCGUUUUGACAUGCUGCGUCCAUCGUCGGCCCUGGACGUCGAGCGCGGGCUGUCCAAGCUCGAGUUCGCGAGCGAGAGCCAGGCGAGGCAGUCCCAGGGCGAGAUUGACAAGAUAUCGAUCCUAGUGGAGAAAUCGGUGAUGAGCAGCCACGAUUGA